AUGAAUGGCGAGUCGACGACUACAACAGCGACGAUGGUGGUGUCUCUAGACUCACAUCUUGCAGCUGCAGCAAAAAAGCAUCUCCGAAUCAACGUUGGAAGCGAGCCUGAACACGCACAAAAAGAGCGGCCGCUAAACCCGCAUACAGAGGGUGACCUGCACGCGACCAGCGGCAAGCCGAGGCUCCCAGCAAGUCAAAACGACGCGGACAACAACACCGACUCUGACGGUGACGCCAAAAUGCGGCCACGACACAUGACUAUCGAGCUCCCGAGUGAGCCCAUUGAAGUCCUUUACGACCCCAAGCUCUCCAUCGAAGACCACUCCCCCAAACCAUGCAUUGUGCCAGGCAAUGCCCUGCACCUCAUCGACGACGACCCCUCUCCCCGCUCGCAGACCCCCUCCUCAGUCAUUAUCAUCAGCGAUGCGAACGACCUCGCCACCAUGUCACCGCACGAGCAGCAGUCCGGGACCGAUUGCGAGCGCAGCUCGUCCGAGCCUCCGCCCGCCGUACGCCCUGCCCCGCGUGUGCGCUUUCGCUCGCGUGUGCGCAUUACCUCGGGCAUGCACCGGCAUCGUACGGCGAACGGGAAUGGGAACGGGAACGGGAACGGGUGCGCGCCGUCUGGCACGCCCUCGUCCAGCUCCUCAUCGCCGUCGUCAUCUAUCUCUGCGCCUUUGCGCUACCAUGCGGACGAGAAUGCGCUGUGGGGCCCGCUCGGACGCCGGCUCAGCGCAUAUGCAGGGCAGAAGCGGGUGCUGGUGUCGCCUCGUCCGCCGGAUAGUGGGGUAGGAGAUGCAAGGAGGCGGAAUGGUAGUAGUAGGCAACUAAAUGAACGGACUCCCUUGAUGAAAUCUUCGCGGCGUCCGACUUAUGUGGAUACAGACGACGAGGGCUCGCGUCUUAGGGAAGGGGAUGAGGAAGAGUACGAGGAGGAACUGCGCGCUGCGGCCCUUAGGAGAGAAGAGGAGGCAGUCUUCGGUCCUUGGCCACGGAGAUUGCUCAACCGCCAUUGGUGGUGGUGGCACCUCGAACCCGUUCUGUGCUGUACAUAUUGUUCUGAGGACUUCGAUUAUGACGAAUGA